GGGGGGAGGGAUAGACAGAGAAUCCAAGAUGAGGAGGAACAUCGUGAGCAGCACCUUCUGUCCGCACGCCGACUGGAUGGGGGAUCUGCCCUGGUCUCUCAGCAGCCUCCCUCUGGCCAACCUGGCUGUCCCGGGAUCUCACGAUUCUUUCAGCUUCUGGGUGGAUGAAAAGUCUCCAGUGGGACCAGAUCAAUCAGUUGUGGUGAAACGUUUGGCGGAGAUUUUCCGGUCUCUGUUCAAAAAAAACAUGAAGAAAUGGUCCAUGACACAAAGCCUGACAUUCAGAGAACAGCUUGAAGCUGGCAUACGUUAUUUUGAUCUUCGUGUUUCCACAAAACCCGGAGACGAGGACAAUGAGCUCUAUUUUAUACACGGUUUGUUUGGUAUUAAAGUCCGUGAGGGAUUGAAGCAAAUUAACUACUUCCUCAAAAACCACCCUAAGGAGGUGAUCUUUUUAGAUUUCAAUCACCAUUAUGCUAUGGAGGACUCGCAUCACAAAGACCUUGUUCAAAUGCUUAAAGAUGUUUUUGGAACCAAACUUUCCAGAGCCAAAUUGGUAGAGGAAGUGACACUGCAAUAUCUAUGGGAGCAAAAAUGCCAGGUUCUUGUCUUUUACCACCAUCCCAUAGCACAUGAGUUUCCCUUUCUUUGGCCAGGACAUAAAAUGCCAGCCCCAUGGGCAAACACAACAGACGCACAGAAACUGGUGCAGUUCCUAGAGACGACAUUGGGUGAGCGUGCAAAACGUGGCACGUUUCAUGUCUCACAAGCUAUUCUAACGCCACAAAUCAGAACUGUGAUGCAGGGAUGGAUCGUUGGUCUAAGGGACUCGCUGGUUACAAGAAAUCUUCCAAUAAUAAUGAAUUGGGUGAAGUCUCAGAAACCUGGUGUAAACGGUGUCAAUAUCAUCACAUCAGACUUUGUGGAACUUGUCGAUUUUGCUACAACUGUGAUCAAGUUAAACAACUCACUUCUGCAAGAUAGGACCAAACAUCAGUAAGGUUGAAGAGCAGUAUUCUUCUUUUGCCUUCAACUCAAAAGUAUGCAUGGAAUCGAUUAAAGUGACAACAAUGACAAUUAUCGUUUUUUUUCAAAGGUGUUUGGGGAAAUUUGCAGUAUUUUUAAAUCAAUGUAUUUAUAAUAUUAGUUUCUUCACCAAAGUUUUUUUUAAAGAAAGAAACAACACUUAAUCUUUCUUUAUAAGGUUGUAUCACCAGAUGUGUAUUUGAACAAAUUGUACAUUUUAAAAUUAAAUUUUUUUUAAACAUCUUAUUUGAUAAUUAAGCAGGAAGAAUUGAUUAGUCUGAAUAUCUUGGAUACCUUUAUCAUUAUUAUCAUUUUUAAAAAGAUCAAAUCGAAUACAGAAGUAAUGAAAUGUGUUACUGCAAAUUAACUUUGGAAUUAGGUCAGAUUAAAAUCUUUUUUCCAAAACGGUGUAUUACCCAAUCCAUCUAUACUGUCUCACAAAGUACCUUAUAACCUCUAAUAGAAGAUUGAAAUAAAUUAUUUUCACAAUGUUAGUUUGUACUGUAUGAUUUGCAGAUAACUGAGGAUUUAUUUUUCCAUUAAGAAAACAAUUAAUAUCAUUAUAACCAAUUCAAACACUUAACAAGCAAUGGCCCUUUAUGGUCAGUGAAAUAAUUUCUAAAUAAUAAGCUUUUAUUAAAAAAAAUUGUAUUUGGGGCUUCUUUACGAUCAAAUUUCCACUCUUUUCUUCUACCUAUUAUUUUCUUGGGUCAUGCAGAGUGUAAAGUUACAAUCAAAGCAAUUGGAAAUAUUGUAGCAACAAGAAAAUGGUAACACAAUUUAAUUCUUGCAUUGAAAGAAGAAAAUAUCCCUCAGUGUUACAUGCACAUAUAAACUUUAGGAAAAUAUUAGUAAACAAUCUCAGUGUCAACUGCUGCAAAAGUACUAAAAUUCAAGAGAUUGGUAAAUUAAUCUAUUAUGCAUCUACUGUUUGUACCAUAGCAAUGUGUAGUUGUAAUAUGUUGCAUAGUAUUUUCUGGUAGAAUAUUUACAUGUACAACAGGGGCUUAUAAAAUUAUCAAACAAAUGGAAUGUUUAUGCUGGUAUAGAUUGUAUUCAUGGACAUCUGUUAUUACUGCAGUUUCCCAAGUAGUAUUGAAAAUGUUGAAAACGUGAAUUGACAAAAAAUAAUUACUUUAAAUGUUCAAUACCUUUUAUUGAGGUAUUUAGUGAGCCGCCCAAACUAAUACAUUAUGAAAGCCCCACUGAGAGACUGAAUGUUUGCAGGUUUUGAAGUUCUGCAUGUAGUUGGAUUCUCAAUAGAUGUGGCUAUUUACUCAUCUUUAUUGCUGACUCUUAAAAUGAAGCAAUAUACAGAAUCACAAAGCACUUCAGAUUUCAGUGAGUGCUCAGGUUAACCUUCAAAAUUGUUGUAAGUAGUUGCUACCUCACUGUGAAACAUUCAAAUCUACAGUGCAAUAAUUGUGCCUCUGUUGUGAACAUAUAAUGGACCAAUUAUUGUUUGUAUGACUUCCAAUGGAAUCUGAACAAAGUUCAAUCACGUUUCUUUUUACUUAUUUUUAUGUUUUUUGUCAGUACAGUACAAUCCUCAUUUUGUGUGUAAAGCCCUACCCCCCUCCAAAAUCUUAAAAAGAUCAUUUAUUU